AUGCUCAAGGAGGACAGGUGGGGAGGGACGGAGGGGAUCAUGGACUUCAGGAGCAGCAACGGCGGGUCGUCCUCGGAGCGCAGGCCGGCGGAGGGGGCGCCGCUGACGAGGCAGGGGUCCAUCUACUCCCUCACGUUCGAGGAGUUCCAGAGCACGCUCGGCGGGGGCGCCGGCGUGGGAGGCAGCGACCUCGGGAAGGACUUCAGCUCCAUGAACAUGGACGAGCUGCUCCGGAGCAUCUGGACCGCCGAGGAGAGCCAGGCCAUGGCUGCCUCCGCCUCGGGCGCGGGCGCGGGCGCCGGCCCGCCGCCCACGUCGCUGCAGGGCCAGGGCUCGCUCACGCUGCCCCGGACCCUCAGCGCCAAGACGGUCGACGAGGUGUGGCGCAACCUCGUGCGCGAUGACCCGCUUCCGGUGGGGCCGGAGGGUGCCGAGCCGCAGCCCCAUCGGCAGGCGACGCUCGGGGAGAUGACCCUGGAGGAGUUCCUGGUCAAAGCCGGCGUGGUGCGAGAGAUCCCCACCGCUCCUGCAGUGCCGCCCCCGCCCAUGCAGCCGCGGCCGGUCCCUGUUGUCCCUAAAGGCCCUUCCUUCUACGGGAACUUCCCGAGCGCCAACGACGCCGGUGCGGCGGCGCUGGGGUUCGCGCCGGUCGCCAUGGGGGAUCUGGCCAUGGGCAAUGGGCUCAUGCCGAGGGCAGUUGGUAUGGGAGGCGCCCCUCUGGUUGUGCAAACUGCGGUCAACCCGGUUGAUUCUGGCAGCAAGGGGAGCGAGGAUCUGUCAUCGCCGUCCGAACCAAUGCCGUACUCGUUCGAGGGGAUUGUGAGGGGGAGGAGGACUGGCGGCGGCGUGGAGAAGGUGGUGGAGAGGAGGCAGAGGAGGAUGAUCAAGAACAGGGAGUCCGCCGCUAGGUCCCGCGCCCGCAAGCAGGCUUAUACAAUGGAGUUGGAAGCUGAAGUUCAGAAGCUCAAGGACCUGAACCAGGAACUGGUGAGGAAACAGGUAACUUUUCUACAAACCCUGCCAUUGGACAUGCUAAAUCUGCUACUUCACUGCAUUUUGUGUAAAGGAGGAUUUAUAGCAUACACUCUGAAGUGGAUAGUUUCAGCCUGUAGACCCCACUGGUAG